AUGAAGUCGCGGUCGGCUCUCAUCACAGUCGCAGGACUGGUCAGCACGGCCGCUGCCGGCCAAGAGAAACUCCUCCCCCUCCCGCCCAUGGGCUUCAGCGCCUGGACUGCCUAUGGGUUGGGUGCCCGGGAUCAGAAUUUCCGUGAUAUCGCGGAUACCUGGAGUAAAAAUGGCCUGCACGCCGCCGGCUAUAACCGCAUCAACUUGGACGACGGCUGGCAACAACUACGUCGUGCGGAUAACAAUUCCUUGGUCCCAAAUUCCAGGAACUUCCCUUACGGCUUCCGCGCGCUCACGGACUACCUUACCAACAAGGGCUUCAAACCCGGCAUAUAUACUGCCGCGGGCAUGCACACCUGCGGGGCCAACCCCAUACCUGAAAGGUCAUACCCCGGUUCCUUGGGCUACGAGGACAUAGACUACAAGGACUUUGAGAACUGGGGCUUUGAGUAUAUCAAGUUGGAUGCCUGCCACAUGCCCGAGGUCAGGGGACCUGACAACUGGCCCGCUGGAGUUCCCACCCCCGUCCACAACGAAUCGGUCUACCGCGAGGUGUAUGGCAAAUGGGCCGGGAUUCUUGCCAAGUCCAGGAAGCCCAUGGUUCUGUCCAACUCGGCUCCGGCCAGCUUCUAUCCCGAAGUUUGCACGAACCUCGCCGAUUGGUAUACCGUCAUGGGCUGGGUCCAAAAGUUUAGUGGGCUGGCUCGCCACGGGGUUGAUACUGACGGCUCCUGGGGCAACGUAAUGAGAAGCUACUCCUUUAAUAACCGCCUGGCCCGUUACCAGAAGGUCGGCUUCUACAACGACCCGGACUUUCUCCACGCUGGAAGCCAGACUCCCGACGAGCGGAAGAGCCAAUUCGCUCUUUGGUGCAGUUUCUCUGCGCCAUUGAUCAUCGGCGACGCAUUUGGGGAGAGGCUAAAUGAAUAUAACUAUCUGAUCAACAAGGACCUGAUUGCUAUCAACCAGGACAAGCUUGUCCAGCAGGCCACCCUGGUGAGCAACGACGGCACCUGGGAUGUCCUGACUAAGAGCCUUGAUGGCGGCGACCGUGUUCUCACUAUCCUAAACAAGGGCGCCUCCGCUGGUAACAUCAAUGUCUCCUGGGAGAGGAUCGGCCUGUCGUCCAAGGCUCUGCGCACCAGCAAGAAGUUCUCUGUCAAGGAUCUGUGGACCGGCAAGAGCCUUCAGGUUGUAUUUAAGGACGGACAUAUCGGCAGCACUAACACGUUUGCCGUCGGCGUUGGCGGCAUCACUGCCCGGGGCGUUCCCUCCCACGGCACCGCCGUCUUCCGCAUUGGCAAGUCCGAUAGCCCUGUCACGCCCACCGGUCUCAUCUUCACCACCGCCGGCAAGACAGAGCAAGGGACCGCCUAUGGGUCACAUGAGGAGCAGAAGUGCCUCACCGACAACGAGUCCGGCAAUGUGACUUUUGCUACCUGCGAUGGCUCGGAUGCUCAGACCUGGAGGGUCCGCCCCGACGGCCGUAUUAACAGCUUGCUCCGCCCGAAUGAGUGCAUCGUCGAUGCCUGGGGCAAGAUUCUGUCUCUCCAGUCUGGCUGCCAGUCUGAUACCUGGAGAUACGAUAUCUCUGGCAACCUGAUCAACGGCAAAUCCAAGAACUGCCUAACUAAGAAGGAUUAUGGUGCCGCCACUGCUGCUAAGUGUGGCAACGAGCUUAAUAGUCAGGUUGUGGCUCUGCCUAUUGGUGUUACUGUGGUUGGCCAGUGA